AUGGAUAGUGGCCCCUAUCGAUUUGCUACAUUUAACUGUAAGAAUAUUAAACGCUCCAUUAAUGACGUCAGAGACUUAUGCCAUACGUGUGACGUGAUAUGUCUUCAGGAAACUUGGAUUCUGAAUCAUGAUAUACCCUUUAUUGGCACGAUCGACAGCGGUUUUGGUUAUGUGGCGACAUCAGCGGUCGAUACAUCUGCAGGCAUCCUACGCGGACGCCCCUAUGGCGGCGUCGCGUUGUUAUGGCGGUAUAGCGCAUUCAAGCAGGUGGCAAUAUUAAAUUGUGAAAAUUCACGCAUUUGUGCAAUUAAAAUUAUAACAAAUGAUAGACCCAUAAUUGUGAUGAGUGUUUACUUGCCGACAAACUCUGUCGACAAUUUACAGGAAUUUACAGACUGUUUGAGUGCGGUAAGCGCUAUUAUUGACGAAUAUGGAAUUGAAGCAGUGUUUAUCUUAGGCGACUUCAAUGCGGACCCGGGUGAGUUGUUUUACAGUGAACUUGUUAGUAUUUGUAAUGACCAGUUAUGGUCAUGUAUAGAUGUAGAUAUGCUAGGGCUGGACUCUGGUACUUUUACUUUUAUUGGUGACGUCCACGGGACCAGCAGUUGGCUAGAUCACUGUGUCACAACUCUCGCGGCGAGGCAGGCUGUCGUCGGUGUAGAUAUUAAGUAUGACACUCUUUGGUCAGACCAUUUCCCACUUAUAAUUAGUUGUAAUUUAAAUUUUAUAAAUCCUAAGAUCUUUGCGAGCGUAACCAAUGUUAACAAAGACGUAGUAUGGGGUAUAAAGAGUGCGGAGCAAAUCACAGUGUACGCUAAAGAGUGUCAUAAUAGGCUAAAAUUAGUAGACUUUCCUUCUGAGUGUGCGAACUGUGCUGACCGAUUUUGUAGUGACCGUGGACACAGGCAUGUUCUGGAUAAGCUUUACUCUGACAUUGUUGCCGCUCUCCAAGGCGCGGCGACUUUGGCGAGUCGGGGAGGCGCGAGGUGGGCUGGGGGUGGCCCGCGCAUAGCUGGGUGGAACAGACACGUCAGUGAGGCUCACAGAGAGGCCAGAUCUAAAUUCAAUGACUGGGUAUUGUGUGGUAGACCCAGGUCAGGUUUUCUUUACAAAGAAAUGUGUGAUAGCAGAAGAGUGUUCAAGUCCCGAUUAAAAUGGUGCCAAAAUCAUCAAGACCAAAUAAAGAUGGACGCUCUUGCUGUGAAACAUAGCAAAGGAGAUUUUCGCGGCUUCUGGAAGUCCACCAGUAAAAUUAAUGUACGACCUGGCCUUCCUGUGUGCGUCGAUGGCAUGAACAAUCCCAAGGACAUCGCAAAUCUUUUCAAGAGCCAUUUUUCUGUAAAAUCUCUGUUGGAUCCGGUAGUGGAAGUGCUCAGCACUGACCUGGACACACAAACAGUGGGGACUAGUUUCCUGGCAAAAAACGUAACAAAAGCUAUAGGAGAUAUGUCAGGAGGCAAGUCCCCGGGACAUGACGGACUUAGUGUUGAGCACUUGCAACAUGCUGGACCUCACCUAGCUAGGGUCUUGGCUUUGUUCUACUCUCUGUGUGUGAGCCAUUCCUACCUGCCCGCAGAUUUCAUGAAAACCGUGGUGGUACCCAUAGUGAAGAACAAGACGGGUGACUUGACUGACAAGUGUAACUAUCGGCCCAUUUCUCUUGCCACCGUAAUUGCAAAGGUGUUUGACGGUUUGCUCAACACACAGUUGAAUAAACAUGUAACGCUCCACGAUAACCAGUUUGGAUUUCGUCCUCGCUUGUCCACUGAAAGCGCCAUAUUGUGUCUAAAGCAAACCGUCAAAUACUACACUGAUCGCAGGACGCCUGUGUACGCGUGCUUCCUCGACCUAUCCAAGGCCUUUGACCUGGUGACAUAUAACCUGCUGUGGGACAGGCUGCAAAGCAUAGGCUUGCCUCAAGAACUUAUCAGCAUGUUCCGGUACUGGUACGCAAACCAGGCCAAUAGUGUCAGGUGGGCGGGGGUAAUGUCGGAUCCGUAUCGGCUUGAGUGUGGAGUCAGGCAAGGUGGCUUAACAUCACCAACCCUAUUCAAUCUAUAUAUCAACGGGCUGAUCGUAGCGCUUAGCAGUCAGCAUGUCGGCUGCCACAUUGACGGUGUUUGUGUCAAUAAUCUGAGUUACGCAGACGACAUGGUGCUGCUGAGUGCAUCGGUCUGCGGCCUGAGGAAGCUGAUACGGAAAUGCGAGGAAUAUGCAUGUGGUCACGGAUUAUUGUAUAAUGUCAGAAAGAGUCAAUACAUGAUCUUUGAGGCCGCUGGUGCGAAAUGUCCUGAUAAUAUACCUCAAAUAAAAUUGAAUGGUGUACCCCUGGAAAGGGUUAAACAGUUUCAGUAUCUGGGGCAUUUACUCACCUUCGACCUAAGGGAUCACGCUGAUAUGGACCGGGAACGGAGGGCGCUGUCGGUCAGAGCUAACAUGAUCGCCCGUAGGUUUGCGCGGUGUUCAAAGGAGGUCAAGGUUACACUCUUCCGAGCGUUCUGCACAUCGCUCUACUCGUGCAGCUUAUGGGCUAAUUACAGUAGGAAGAGUUACAGCGUCCUCCGCGUCCAAUACAAUAAUGCGUUUAGGGCGGUGAUGGGGUUGCCUCGGUUUUGUAGCGCCUCUGGUAUGUUUGCGGAUGCGCGCACCGACUGCUUCAAUGCCACCAUGCGCAAGCGGGCCGCGUCCCUGGUGCGCAGAGUGCGGGCCAGCUCCAACACUGUCUUAGCGAUGAUCUCAGGAAGGUUAGACUGUUAUAUUAUCCGGCAUUGUUGCGAAAGGCAUGUCGCAGACCAGCUGCCUCUGAGAAAGUAUUGA